AGAGCGCUCUUCCUCCUCCUCCUCUGCCAGCAUGUUUCUUCCCAGUGCAAGAUCCUUCGCUGCAACUCGGAGUACGUGGCAGCCACCCUCAACCUGCGCGGCCCCAGCAGGACCGCGGCCUUCUGCAGCGCCCUGCGCUCCUACUCGCACUGCACGCGCAAGACGGCCCGCACGUGCCGGGGUGACCUGGCCUACCACUCUGCCGUCCACGGCAUCGAGGACCUCAUGAUCCAGAACAACUGCUCCAAGGAAGGUCCCGUCUCCCCGCCCCGACCCCGGCCGCCGGCCCCCAACCACCACCGGGGCUUGGAGCCCCUGGAUAUCUGCAACUACGAGAAGAGUUUCCUCUACAAGCACGGGCAGCCGCCCAGCUACCAGCACUGCGCGGCCUUUGGGGACCCCCACAUCCGCACUUUCCAUGACGACUUCCACACUUGCAGGGUGGAGGGCUCCUGGCCCCUCUUGGACAACRACUACUUGUUCGUGCAAGCCACCAGCUCGCCGGUGGCCAAGGGCUCCAAYGCUACGGUUACUAGCAAGCUCACCAUCAUAUUCAAGACCAUGAAGGAGUGCGUUGAGCAGAAGGUCUACCAGGCGGAGAUCGACAACGUUCCCGCCGCCUUCGAGGACGGCUCGGUGAACGGCGGCGAGAGGCCGGGCGGAAGCAGCUUGGCUAUCCGGGAACACACGCCCGGGCGGCACGUGGAGAUCCGCGCCGAGUACAUCGGCACCACCAUCGCCGUCCGGCAGGCCGGGCGCCAGCUCUCCUUCUCCAUCCGUGCGGCCGAGGAGGUGGCAGGCGCCUUCACGGAGGAGCAGGACCUGCAGCUCUGCGUGGGCGGCUGUCCCCGCAGCCAGCGCAUCUCCCGCAGCAGGUGCUGCCCGGGCCGGAUGGCAGCGGAGACGGCCCGCGCGCUCUGCAAGGAGAGGCUGCCCGUGGAGGACGUCUACUUCCAGUCGUGCGUCUUCGACGUGGUGACCUCAGGGGAUGCCAACUUCACCAUGGCCGCGCAUGGAGCAUUGGAGGAUGCCCGUGUCUUCCUUCCCAACGCUGAGAAGCUGCACAUCUUCCAGGCUGCAGCAGGCUGCUGGCAUACCUCUUCCUCCUUCCUCCUCUUCCUCCUCCCCUCUAGUCUUUGGGCUAUUUGCUGGCACUCGUAA